UGACCCAAACUUGCCGAUCCUCAGAUCUCACGGUCGGAACCUUUUGUCUUUCUCCAGAAGCACCUCUGCUUGGGUUUCUCCUCAGAUUUAAUAUUAAGGCCUUCCGUGUCUCUCCUCACCACCGCAAUCCAAUCCUUUUUUCCAUUUUUCCCCCUUCGUCCUUUUUUUCUUGGUCUCCUUCGUAGACCAGCCUCUCCCGUUGUCGCUACAAUUUCCCAUUCCUCUCUCCCGACAAUACCGCCAAAGUGUCUUCCCUAUUGAUUCCCCGUGCCAUCUCCUUCCCCCCGGAGGUUGACACUGGGCCGAAUCGGUUGCGCUCGAACUCUGCCAUGUCCCAAUCCAAGGCCGGAAGAAGGAGGAGGUCCAGCAGUCUCAUCUACCAGGAACCCCCGGAGUCCAUUGAGCGCACCAGUGAUCAGGCCGCCUUGCCCAAUUUGAAUGCGAACUGGGUCCACGCUAAGGGUGCUUGGACAAUCCAUUUCGUUUUGAUUGUUGCCCUCAAGAUCCUCUACGAUAUCAUCCCCGGUGUUUCACAGGAGACAUCAUGGACCCUCACCAACAUCAGCUACAUGUUCGGCUCUUUCCUUAUGUUCCACUGGGUGCGGGGCAUCCCAUUCGAAUUCAACGCUGGUGCCUACGAUAACCUCAACAUGUGGGAACAGAUUGACAAUGGGGAUCAAUACACCCCGACCAAGAAGUUCCUGCUCUGCGUUCCUAUCUGCCUUUUCCUUCUCAGCACACAUUACACCAACUACGACUUGACAUACUUCACCAUCAAUUUCCUUGCUACACUGGGAGUGGUUAUUCCUAAGCUUCCUUUCUCACACCGGUUGCGAAUAGGUCUAUUCUCCGAGGAACCCGAAGAGCCAUAGCGAUGUUUUCUUUUUCUCAUUCUCUUUCCUUUUUGUGACUUUCCUUAUUCUUUUCCAUUACUCUCCACUUGGCGCCCCAAUCACUUUUCCUUCAUUAUUUUUCAUUUCGAUUUGAUUGUGCACGUCUCACACACUCGCAAUGAGACUUCAUCUGUGAAAAUUGGCCGCAGCUUUGCUCCUUUAGCCAGUCGGAUUUAUAUUUUGUUUGGCCAGGGAAGAAAAAAAAAAAGAAAUUAGUAGAGAAGAGAAAAAAACGGUAUAUUAUUACUCCUAUUAUUAC